AUUUGAUUAAAGCAUAUAUAUAUAUGUCAUACAUAUACAUAUAAAUGUAUACAGAUGCAUACAUUUACUCAUCUUCUCAUGAGAUUGGUUGUAGACGAUAACAGUCAAUAAGGGUAGAGUAGUUUUAAAAUAUCUUGAGUAUUUUCAGUCUUAAAAUACAUUUUGUAGAAUAAAUUGAAACAGUUAGGUUUAAAAAAGUGUUCUGUGAGGAUAUAUCAUAUUUUCCUCAACCAUAGAAAAUCACACCUUCUAAUACACACACACACACACACACACAAGCACAUAUAUUCAUAUUUCUGACAAAACGUUUGCAGAAGUGAAUUAGACCAAAAGCGUUGAAAAAACAAAACCUCAGUAACACCUAUUUUAAAAAUGGACAAGAAGUUAGAAAAUCGUCGUGCUUUAAUGAAAUCUUCAGAUAUGCAAGCAGGAUUACAGAAAAUUGUUGUAGACACGUGUGCAGUAGCUACAGAACAGUAUGAUGAAGAAAGAGAUAUUGCUGCUUAUGUUAAAAAACACAUGGAUAAAUAUGACGGUGGUGUUUGGCAUUGUGUUUUAGGCAAAAAUUUUGGAUGUUACGUUUGUCAUAUGGAUGGAUACUUUAGUUAUUUUGAAUUUCAAGGGAAAUCUGUCAUCAUCUUUCGAACACAAUGAACAACAGUCACAAUAAUAACAACAACAACAACAACAACAGAUUAAAUCAAGUUCUUAUUGUCUUGUGUCUUCGUGAUCAUGGCCGCGAUUGCUGUUGUGGUUGUGAUCGUUGGUUUCUCUUAUUUAAAACAACUUUGUGUUUUUCUUUUCCUUUCGAAGCAAUAAGAAAACAAAAUGUAUUCUGCAAGUUCUACUCAUAAGUUGAUGCUAAACACUGUUUGUCUAAUCGUUGUUUUUAUACAAGUACAUAUGUGUAUUAAGUCAGAAAGAUUUUUGCUGUGAAACUAUUUAGGCUUAACUUAUUCUCCUCUCUAUCUUUAUGGUGUGUACUUGUUUUCGUUUGAAAUAUUAUGUAAUUGCAUUUUGUGUAUGAAAAAUAAGAAGAAUUAUUAUAUGUAUUUAUUUAAUCUCGAAGUUAUGUGCUUCUUUCUCUAGGUGGCUCGUAGUAGAACAAUAGGAUGUGCGAUUCGUCCUGUUUGCGACUCAUCAGCCUCAUAAUGAGUGAAUAACAUUGCUCCUCCUCCCUCUGCCCCCUUCAUGAGACUCGAAUCAAGCAGGUGAGUUGUUCGUUAGACUAUUGUGCCAUGAGAACCAUCUCUAGUACAACAGGUAUGAUUUAACACUAUUGGAAAUGCAUUCGGCAAUGCGGUUAGCAAGUCUCUAAACCUUAUAGAAUCUUUAAAUAUCAACAUUGUCAGCCUUAGAACAAGAAAUACAGGCUAACAGUACUGUUUCCAAUAAUGUCUUCUUCAGGCUUUACUUUAAUUUACACAGCUUUAUAUGUGAAAAAACUCUAACCAAUGACGGUGAGUUCGUGGAUCA